AUGGAAAAAUACAUAAUGAAUAUUAUGUGUAUCGAUGUGAAAAAGAAUUAUUUUCUAAAUGAAUACAAAGCAAUGUAUACGACAGAUGUUAUUGAACCAAACCGAGCUAAAUUGAAGCGGAUGAGUAAUGAUAAUCCACUGUAUGGACUCGUACAAGAAUAUACAAUAAAACCAAGUGAUCUGUUGAAACAACUGAUUGAAUUGUGUACAACAAAGAUCACAAUCGACAGAAAUUACGUUAUCAAGGAUGUACUCUUGGGUGAUCGCCAAUCAUUUAUUUCACCACUUCUAUCCGAACCUUGUUUCAAAGGUACGCAGAUUCAUCAAACUGUCAUCAAUCUACUGCUCGUAAUCGUUACGUCAUGGUCACAGGAUGGUAUGAAAUACGAUGAUUUACAAAGAGUGUUACGUUACAAUCAUAAUCAAAAGAUGAAUUUCGAUAAAGUUUGGGAUUAUCUGAAUAUGCAUGCCACAGAGAAGAUGAAUAUUGAUCAGUUGAUCGAAAGUACAACAAUAGAAAUGAAUACUAAAAUGAAAAUAAUCAAUAUAAUUGAUACAUGUCUCAAGCUGUAUUGUUCCAACUCAAAUGACAUAGAAAAAUACGAAUCAGCCUUGAACGAUGUAACCACACAACUGAAUGCCCGAUCGAUUCGAUCCGUGAAAAUACCCGAUGGUCUAAUGCAAAUGCUGCUGUUUGCUAAUUUGCAUUAG